UCCCAAUGAGUCAUGUUAGCAAUAAAAUGUGGGACAAGAGGUGGUUCUGCCAAGUCAAGUGUUUGUGAAAGAGCAUCUCUCUGUAGCUCAUUCUGGUCUUUAUUCAAAUGAGCAAAACACUGCAUCAACUAAUUUUAAGUGUUCGACCUACUUUGAAGACACAAUAUGAUCUUCAUUUCUGCUGAAAAACUACAUUUUGUGUGUUAUUUGUCAAUAGGUCUACUGAGUCUAUCACUGCUUACAAAAUGUAGCAAAAUUAGGCUGGUUGGGCCUUCACGUUGUGCUGGUAGAGUGGAGGUCAAUUAUGAGGACAGGUGGGGAACGGUGUGUGAUGAUCUGUGGAGCAUUGCCAACGCAGAGGUGGUGUGUCGAGAGCUAAGCUGUGGGUCAGUUCUUGAAGCCAAAAAAGGUGCCUUUUUUGGUGAGGGAAAGGCUGACAUCUGGUUGGAUGAUGUGCAGUGUACUGGUACUGAGUUGUCUAUCCUCAAGUGUGUACACAACCCAUUUGGAGAAAAUAACUGUGGCCAUAGUGAAGACGCUGGGGUUAUCUGUUCAGAACAUUUGAGAUUGCUCAACGGUACCAAUCGGUGUAGUGGCAGAGUGGAGGCCUACCGCAAUGGCCAGUGGAAACGAAUAUGCAGAAAUGACUGGGAAGCUGAAGAAGUUUCAGUGGUGUGUCGAGAGAUGAACUGUGGAAUCCCUGUUACUAGCACUGAAGUGUUACAUUUUGGAGAGGAACUUCACCUGGAUGGAGUCAAAACCACCUGUGUUGGAAAUGAGAGCUCUAUAUCAAAGUGCAGCUUCCAAGAAUUCAAGGAGAGUUGUGUUGAUGCAACUGUUUUAUGUACAAACAGUAAACCGAUUCGACUGAAGAAUGGGACUAAUAGGUGCACUGGCCGAGUAGAAAUCUACCAUGAUGGACAGUGGGGGACAGUUUGUGAUGACAGAUGGGGCAUGCAGGAAGCAACUGUUGCAUGCCGAGAGAUGAACUGUGGGACUGCUAUCGCAGUCAGGUACAAGGCCUUCUUUGGCAGAGGUUCAGCUCAGGUGUGGUUGGAUGAUGUUGAGUGUACUGGUCAUGAGAAAUCCCUCAGUGACUGUCUGCACAGAGGUUUUGGAGAACAUGAUUGCGACCACAAUGAAGAUGCUGGUGUUAUAUGCUCAGACUCAGUCAGAUUGGCGAACGGAACUGACCGCUGCUCUGGCAGAGUGGAGGUUUACCAUGAUAACAGCUGGGUGAAGAUUUGUAAUAGUAAUAACUGGGGCGAUGAAGAGGCUAAUUUGGUGUGUCGGGAACUCGGUUGUGGAAAUGCCAAAAAAACCCAGCAAUCCUUCAAUUUUGGUGAAAGCGGACUGAAAGGUUAUACAAAUAGAUGCUCUGGCAAUAUUAGCUCUAUUGGCCAGUGCACACUUAAAGAAAACACAGCGAGAUGUGAAACUGUUUCGCUUUCAUGUUCAGGUGUUCCACCGCUGAGGCUUGUUAAUGGCACUAACCGUUGCUCUGGUAGAGUGGAAAUACUGCAUGAUGGCCAGUGGGGAACAGUGUGUGACGAUGAGUGGGACAUCAAAGAUGCUGAGGUAGUGUGCAGAGCCAUGGACUGUGGAACAGCCCAGACAGCCAAGUCUAGUGCCUUCUUUGGUCAAGGCAAUGGAGACAUCUGGCUGGAUGAUGUUGACUGUAUUGGUAACGAGACAUCCCUUUUGCACUGCCGACAUCCCACCCUUGGAGAAAAUAACUGUGGUCAUGGUGAAGAUGCCGGUGUGGUGUGCUCAGCUGACAUUAGACUUGUGAAUGGGUCUAACCAGUGCUCAGGCAGAGUGGAGUUCCACUAUGGUGGCCGCUGGGCAGCAGCGUAUAAUGUUAACUGGGGAAGAAAUGAAGCUGCAGUCGUAUGCAGAGAGAUGAAUUGUGGAGAUCCUGUCAAGUUCUCUGGAUCAUUUGGUCGAGGUGGAUUGGCAGGAUAUAAGGUCACUUGUGUAGGUGGAGAGCGCUCUCUUUCACAGUGCACAGUGGGACAAUAUCCCAGCAACAAUCGUAUUGAAGACGCAGGUGUUGAAUGUUCAGGCAAUGUAAAGCUGUCCGAUGGGAACAAUCAUUGUGCUGGAAGAGUGGAGUACUAUGACAAAAACCAGUGGGGGACUGUAUGUAGUGAAUCCUGGGAUAAAAAUGAUGGAAUGGUGGUGUGCAGACAGCUGGGCUGCGGAAGCGUUCAUAAGCUUACCACCUCUAAUGAAUUUGGCCAUGGAACAGGACAGACUUGGAUUGAUCAAAUUGAAUGCAAUGGAAUGGAGUCAACACUGGCUCAGUGCCAGCAAAGACCAUAUCGAGACAGAACUUGCAACAGCACCUCAAUUGCUGGUGUUAUCUGCGCAGGAGGUUUGGAAGCCCGGUUGGUUAAUAAUAAGGAUGAGUGUGCUGGCAGAGUAGAGGUCCGUCAUGGCAAUGUGUGGCAAACGGUGUGUGACACAGACUGGAACUUGAAUAAAGCUCAGGUGGUGUGUGAACUCCUUGAAUGCGGACACGCAAUGAACGCUCCCGGCGCUGCACAUUUUGGACAAGGCAGCGGACCAGUAGUGGAGGCAAACCCUUCAUGCUUUGACAAUGUGACAUCUCUUCAGCAAUGCUCACUCAAUGGUUUCAGAAGCGCAACAUGUGGGCAUGACCAUGAUGCUGGUGUUCUCUGUGCAGCACAACUCCGGUUGGUCGGCGGCUCAGGUCAGUGCUCCGGAAGAGUGGAGAUCCACUAUAAAGGCCAAUGGGGAACUGUGUGCGAUGAUGAAUGGGAAAUGACCAAUGGCGAUGUGGUGUGUAGACAGCUUGGCUGUGGUCAUGCUGUUUCUGCUCCUACAAGUGCCCACUUCGGUAGAGGCACUGGUCCAAUAUGGCUUGAUAACGUGGAGUGUACAGGGCAAGAGGCUGCUCUCACACAUUGUACACAUCCCGGUUUUGGAGAAAAUAACUGUGGGCACGGUGAAGAUGCUGGUGUUAUCUGUUUAGGUGCUCUACAGAAGCCCCAAAUUGCUUUGAGUCCUUCUCCAGAGGUAAACUGGGGUGAAAAAGUUGAAAUCACCUGCACUGUGCUUUCAGAACAACUGGGAGGGACAUUUGUCCUGAAAAAGACGGAUGACUCAUUUAAAAUAGAAAAGUACUCUGAAAAUGAAGCUGUAACCUUUACGUUCCCUGCAGUGGACUUCGGGCAUAAGGGGUCAUACUUCUGUGAAUAUCAAAAGAAAUUGCCCAGUCAAGUCAUCUAUUAUCCUCAAGGAAAUGUUGCUGAGCUCUCUGUUACAGUGAAAAUGGAGGUGCCCAGCAUCACCCUGACCUCUCCUCAUGCAAUGGUGAUCUACAGCCCAGACAAAGUAUCGGUUACCCAAGGCAGCACCUUCUUUGUUACUUGCUCUACUCAUUCCAGUUAUCCUGGAGGCCUCUUCUAUCUGACAAAGUCAAACACUACCGCUGAUAUGAAAACAGCAUUUGGCCAUUCUAUCUUCUUCGUGGCAAACUUUGAAUUCCCUUUAAUAGAAUAUGAACACCAAGGAGAGUACACCUGUGUCUACGCUGUUAACAUCUCCUCGUUGACUUUCCGUUCUGUUCCCUCAAAGUCACUCCAAAUCACUGUAGUCGCUGCCUCAUCCUCCUCAGUUGUGUUAGGAGUUUUGAUAGGGGUAGUGGUGCUGCUGCUCGUGCUGGGUAUAGGCUACUUCGUCUGGAGAAGGAGAUGGCAAGGUGUUGGUGCCAUGGUUCUGUUCAGUAACACAUUUGGAGGACAAAUAAAGCAUGAUGAAGAAGACAGAAACAAUAAAAUGUUCAAUGGAAGAGACCCCAGCGUCCAAGUGAAAGAGCAUGGACACAGUAGCGGUCUGGACGACAAGAAGGCUGAUGCUGAUCAAGACAACACUGUUGAGAGGGGUCCUGAAGACCUGGCUGGGAGAGUGUGUUAUGAGCUCGAACCACUCGUUGUCACGUGAAACUACGAAAUAACUUAUGUCAUGCAAUUGCAUGAGCAGUACACUGGGUUGAAAAACAGGCUUUUGCUUUCUCUCUCUGGUAGAAAGUUUCAAGUAACCACAUCUAACAGUAAUGUUGUAUGUCAUGGUUUCUGUAGACAAUAGGUAGACAAUAGGAGCAUUAGGGACCUGUUUCAAGUGUGUUUUUACACCUCUUUUUAAGUAAAGAAAUUAUUCUGAAAUAUAUCAACCAACAUUUCUUUAAAUAGAUGCUUUGUUAUUUGCUUUAGACAAUGAUAUUUAGAAAAUAUUGAGAAAAUAAAUGUUGUAGAAAUUAAAAAUGUGAUUUUCAAUAGCAUAUAUGACAGCAAACAUUUGCUUUGCCAACAGUUUUUUUUUAAUUAUUUACUCAUGUCGUGAUUUUUCCACUGACCUGUAAAAAGGUACUGAUUACAUUGUCUUUGUGUUGCAUGAUAAUUUGCUUUUUUGGUGCAUGUGAGUACUCAUUAAUUAAUACAUUUGUAUUUCUUACACAUAUACCUUUUCAUUUGGCAUUUUGGAGUUUUCUUUUUAUCCAUUUUACACAUCAGUGACCAAUCAUCAUAAUUACACCAAAGCAAAUGUGCUUAAACAACAUUAACACCAACAUUCCUAAUAUGUUUUAAACCCUUCCAAUAAGAUGAUUAUUAUUAUUAAGAUAAUAUAAAUCUAAUCAUAAUGUGUACAAUAGUGAAGCAGUUGAAUUUAAUUCAGUCUUUCAUGAAAAGGGGCCUACAUACUGGAGUAAAUAUUCCCCCAGUAUUUCCUGUGAAAUGUGGUAUGAAGUUGCAUGAACUCAAGUCAAGUACCUCUAGCUUGUGCUUAUAUGUGCAGUGCUUGAGUAAAAGUACUUAGUUACGUGGUGGUUUAUUUAAAUUUAAGAAUUAUCACCGUGAAAAUACUUCACUACAAGUAAAAGUCACGUAUUCACAAGCUUUCAAAACGUAAACUGAGAUGAGAAGUAAAAGUACUCAUUCUGCAGUAAAAUGGUCCCUGUGAGUGUUAUUUUGUACUGUUAUAUAUGAUGAUGUUUUUGGAUUUAUAUUACUGCUGCAUUCCUGCGUUUGUUUCAUUUUACUGCUGUAGAUGUUGAAGGUUGAGCUCAUCAUAUAUCUGUUUUCAUCAGAAAAAAAUGUUUUCAGCUUUUUGAUGAAGCAUUUUCCUUAUUAUUUGGCAUAAGGAGAUUUAAAAAAAAUGUAUAUAAUAAAAUAUGUGGUUUCAUUGGAUAACAAGGGUAUUAAAAAUUGUAAUCUGAAAGACAAUUACUAACUACAGCUGUCAGACAAAUGUGGUGGAGUAAAAUACAACAUUUGCCUCUAAGAUGUAGUGAAGCAGAAGAAUAAAGUUGCAUAAAACAAA